AUGUGGAGAGAGACAGUGUGCGUUGUGGUUGUGUGGGUCAUACGGAGGUGGCUGAUGCAGAGAGGGUCUCUAUGUUUGCGGAGAUGUGGCUAUGACCCAACAAGGGCACCAUUGUGGUUGGUGACAGUGACCAGUUAUGCACGGUGGCUGGUCGGUGGUGACAUUAUGUAUGGCGUGGAUUCGAAUCUGUAUGUGUCGGUCUCGAGGUUGUAUGAAUUAAUGGUGAUUUGUUUUGACAAGUUUGGCUUAUGUGAUAUAAAUGUGAAAGGGAUGUUAAGGUACUUUAGUUCCUACACCUGCGUUCCUACACCUGCGUUCAAUGAGAUGUAUGAAGAGUACUUUAGUUCUGUCAAGAACACGGAAGUGCCAAGAUCAGGGAUUGGUAUAUCGGAGAAUCACAAUGAGAUGUAUCAUGGAGUUGAUUCUGGUUGGAAGCAUGAUGAACAGAUAUGGGAGGCGGCAGGUUCACUUCCUCCUGCUCAUUGUUAUUUUUUCCACCAGGAUUCAAGAAUUCAAAAUUUGGUACGAAGUCGCCUGUGUAAUUUUUCUCCAUUAGGUGUUAAUGGAGCGAAUCAGCAACAAAAUGUCUCUCACAUUGAUUACAUGGGACAAUUUGAUAAUGGAGGAGCUUCUAAAACGCCAGGAGUUCCUAGAGGACGUGUUAAUGGCUCAACAAGCAGAAGAAGCAAAUCAGUUGAUUUGAAUGUUCAAGAAACCUUUAAUGCUUCUGAAGGUUGGGUGGAUCCCAAAAUCGUUUCUCCUCUCGGCAGUGGAACAUCUAGUAGAAAGAAAGCAACGAAGAGAAGCAGCACUAAGAGCAGUGUGUCAAAAAGAAAAAGUGAACAAUCCAUAUUAAACUCUUCAAAUGUUUCUGGAAAUUGGGUGGAACCCAAGAGCGGCACUAUGCCGAAAGAUGCAGGUAGAAGACGCGUCCAAGCAAGUGGUCAAUCUGCUGGUCAAUCUACUGGUCAUUGGUUUACAGGAUCCGAUGGAAGAAAGACAUUGCAACAACUUAAACAAAGAAAAUUAAAUCUCACUGCUCCUGCAAGCCCCGGUGCAUUUGGCCGGAUUGCAAAACUGCGCAAUUUUGGCCUUGUUGCUCAAAUCAAGAGGAUGGCCAGUGACCCUUGCAUGGAUGUUAAGCUUCGAGCACGAGUUGCACUUGGGCAGAUUAUUUCUUUUGCUUCCAAAACGGUGCAUCAAUUUGCUUUUAUUUUUUUCAACCAGUCAGAGCAGUGUAAAUCUUUUCAAUUUUCUAAAUGA